AAGGCUGUCAGUCUGUCGGGCCGGGCAGUCGGUCUGCGGGUCGCUGUGGCGGUAGGAUGGCGGGGAAGCGCUUGGUGCUGUUUGACCUGGGCGGGGUGCUGCUGACCCCCGGGAUGCAGGCGGUUUUCCAGCGGCUGGAAGAGACUCUAUACCUCCCCAGUGGAUUUCUGCGGAAGGUGUUUACGCAGAGCGGAGCGGACGGAUGUUUCGCGCAGGCUGAACGGGGAGAGAUCCCUUUGUCGCAGUUGAUUACAGAAUUAAAUAAGGAAUGCAGAGCCUGCGCCGAAGACUCGGGGGUCUCCCUUCCGGAAUCCUUCUCGCUGGAACAGGCCUUCCGUAACUUGUAUGAAACCGGCGGGAUAAAUAAACCCAUGCUGAAAGCAGCCGUGGCCCUUCGGAAGCAUGGUAUUAAGACCUGCGUGCUCACAAACAACUGGGUUGAUGACGGCGCCAGCCGCAGCCUCUCGGCCCAGAUGCUGUCCUCCCUGAGUCGUCACUUCGAUCUGGUCAUCGAGUCCUGCCGCGUUGGGAUGAGGAAGCCCGAGACCCGGAUCUACGAGUACGCUCUGAACCGGCUGCAGGCCCAGCCCAGCGAGACCGUUUUCCUCGAUGACAUCGGUGCCAACCUGAAGCCAGCUCGUGAACUGGGAAUCUCUACCGUGCUGGUCAGGGACACAGACACGGCGCUGAAGGAGUUACAGGAUCUGACGGGGGUCCAGAUUCUGGAAACUGAGGAACUCGUGCCAACGCCGGCCGAUCCUCACACCGUAACGCACGGAUUUGUUACUGUAAAGGCUGGUGUGAAGCUGCAUUUUGUUGAGAUGGGAAAUGGGCCCGUUAUCUGCCUCUGUCACGGCUUCCCGGAGAGCUGGUAUUCCUGGAGGUAUCAGAUCCCUGCCCUGGCGGACGCUGGGUACAGAGUCAUCGCCUUAGACAUGAAAGGAUACGGAGAUUCCUCCUCACCAGCCGAAAUAGAAGAAUAUUCCCAAGAAGAAAUCUGCAAGGACUUGGUGGCGUUUCUUGAUAAGCUGGGUAUUUCGCAGGCUGCGUUCAUCGGCCAUGAUUGGGGCGGUGCCGUCGUGUGGAACAUGGCGCUUUUCUUUCCGGAAAGAGUUUGGGCGGUGGCCUCCCUGAAUACGCCGUUCUUCGCCGCUGACCCCAAAGUGAAAGUGAGGGAGAAGAUCGAAGCCAACCCGAUCUUCGACUACCAGCUUUAUUUCCAGGAGCCGGGAGUGGCUGAGGCUGAACUGGAAAGAAACCUGGAACGGACAUUUAAAGUAUUUUUUCAAAGUUCAUCUGACCAUUCAUCUGAACAGGGUGCAAGUGUCGGUUCCUUGAAAAUAUUUAAAGUUCGAGAACGAGGGGGGUUACUGGUCGGGGCUCCCGAGGAUCCACCCCUGAGCAAAAUGCUGAAGGAAUCCGACCUGCAGUUUUACGUCUCCCAGUUUAAGAAGAGUGGUUUCAGGGGUCCUUUAAACUGGUACCGAAACAUGGACAGAAACUGGCAGUGGGGGGUCUCUGCGCAUAACUGGAAGAUCCUGGUGCCGGCGCUGAUGGUGACGGCCGGGAAGGACGUGGUCUUGCUUCCCGCCAUGACCAAGGGUAUGGAGGCUCUGAUUCCUAAUCUGACGAGAGGACACAUAGAGGACUGCGGGCACUGGACUCAGAUGGAGAGGCCAGCGGCUGUCAAUGAAAUUCUUAUUAAAUGGCUGGGAGAGGUUCACGCGCCGCCUGUGUCUGCCAAGCUGUAAUAAAUCACCAGGUCGCCGCGGAUCCCGUGCCGGGGGUAACCGGUGCCGAGUGCUCCGGCAUCUCCCAUGAUGCCAAGCUUAAAUCUAACUGGCUGGGCGGUAUGGGAAUGGCGGUUCUUACACAGCUGGAGAGCUUAUAGAUUUUAUACGUUUGGUCGUGAUUGGCCAUAGAAAAUACCGCUAAUUAUCACGAGAAACAAAAUAACUGCUUUCGUCUCGCUGCCAACAUGGAAAUCCAUUGCUAUUAUCCUAACCGUGACAUGAUUUCUGUAAUUAGAAUAUUUUAUGCUGAAGUUGGUGAAGGAAGGAGACCUCUGUCACGGAUUUACACGAUGAAUAACAAUGACACACAGCUAAUAAACCAGAACUUUAAAAAACAUA